CUGCCCCUAGUAAACAGCAGACCUCCAGAAAGACAGUUGUGUAUCUUGUCAAUAGACGGCUUGCCAGACAAGCACCCAGCUUUUCAUUGAAGAUCAGUGUAUUUUCUUCACCAAACUUGAAGGCUUGCAAACAUUGAAUUGUAAGAAUAACCUGUAUUCUAUCUAUAUAUGAAUAUAUUGGAUGUGAUUAUUUAGGAGAAUAUUUUUUUCUUGUCAUUUCUAAAGGACUUUAAAAUGCAGCUUACAGAAGUUUUUCGUGUAUUUAGUGGAACUAUUCUUGUCUUUGGAUGGAUUUUGACAGUUGUAGAAGGCUGUGAUGAGGAGUCAGUAUAUGAUGCAUUACAAGCAUGUCAAGAUCAACGAGAACAACUAUCUUCUGCCAGUGGUACAUCACUAUCUGGCAACCAAGGAAACUAUACACAACUAUGUUUGGCCUUCCGCAACUAUGUAAGCUGUAUGGAUCCUAGAAUUGGAAAUUGUAAUGGUACUGCUACUUCAGCUUUCAAAAUUAUCAAAGACACAUACUCUGCUGAACCGUAUAGCUGUUCAACCAGUCAUGGUUAUGUGAAUCCAGUACAAGUAAAUGAAGAUAUCAACAUUCCUCCAAAAACAAAUGAUAAUUCACUUUCAGAAGAUAAAAGUGGUCCAGAAUCAGCUGCCACCACUGUUACAUAUUUUGGAGUCUCACCUCUACUGUUUUUACUUAUACAUCAAAUCUUAUAAAGACAUUUUUACAAUAAAAUAAAUUAAUGAUACUAUAGGGUUAUUUAUGUUUUGUAAAUUGAUCGCUAAAAAUCAUCCUAUCAUGUUUCUACUACCAUCAAUUUCAUCAUUAAAAAAAAAUAAUUCAUUAUAGUUUCAUUAAUCUCAUUCCUAUUUUUAUUUUAAAGUAUCUUAAUUUUGUGAAAAAAAUGUUUAUAUAAUAGAACUAUUAUUGUAUGUUUUUAUAUUGUUAUAUCAUUUUGUUUACUAAACUAGAGAACAACAUAUAUAAACUUUUAAUAAUACAUGUAUAGUAGUCUACUUUAAUCAUCUUGCAAAGCAAUUUCUCAUUGACCCUAAUCAUGUUUUAUUUGUCAAAAAAGCAAACGUUAGUGAUUACACCAAGUUAAAGCACCCAAUGUUAUGAUUUCUCCAGUAAAUUUAUAAUUUUACUGUGUGUGGUUUUUUUAAGCAAAAAUUUCCUAUUUUUUUUUUUUUUUAAAUCUCCUUCUCAGGAGUAAAUUAUUAAACAGUCAAAAGUUGUACACAUUCAUUUAAUGUUAUGGCAGAAGUCUAUUUGUAUUAUAACACUGCAGUCAAAUGGCUAUGAGAAAGACAAUAUAUGAAUAUAGCACAGAAUAAACAGUGAAUGUAGGCUACACUGUUGAAACAAUUUCAAAUUAGCUACACAAACCCAAUAUUAGACCAAAUCCCGCUCACAGACAAAUCUAUUGAUAGGUUUUACUGAAGAGAGUAAAAAUACCCUGCCCCAAGCACAAUGCAUGUGACUUAUUCCUAUAACAUUACACAAUGGAAACUGUUACAAUCACAGUUUCCAUAUUUUACACCCUACCAUCCCUAUAACAAAGACACUGUUUAGGCCUCUUUGCUUUUAAAAUGAAAAUACAAUUUUAUCCAACAGUUUGUAAUCACUCCACAACUAGAAGUUUAAAGUUAAUCUUUCUUUAUAUGUUGCAAUAAUUUUAAAUAAAAUAUUGUAAAACUGUUCUAUUUUUCUGACAUCCUGUAAUUUUGUUCUAUUUUCUAUUUUGACUGUUUAUUUUUACGUACUUGCCCAGUCAAUGUAAAAAGUAUUUUAGCUAUUACAAUAUUUCAUAAACAACACUCUACAACUAAUAUUUUUGUUUUAACAACUAAUUGGAUACCUAAUUAUAGCCUAAAAUACAACUUCCUGUAGUCCAUGUAAUGCAAUGUUGACAUAACAGACAGUAUCUCAAAAAACUGACCAUAGAGUGAUGACAAGAAUUAGCGUAGCACAUGUCUCCAUUAAGAAGUUGUACGACAGUGACAGUCAACACACUAAAUAUUUUCUAAAAUAAAAUUUAAAGAUGUAAAUUUCCAAUAUUUUGCUUAAGUUAUAUUAGUUAUAACCUAUAUUGUAUCUUAAUUAUCUAUAUUGAUUAAGCUGGUGUUUAAGUUGAAAUUCUCAAGAACAUUGAAGUUUUUGUCUUUUUGUAUGUCAAGAAUAAUGACAUGUUUCUUGAGAACAUAGUUCUUGAGAACAUAGUAACCGAUUAUCUUAGUUUUGUGUAUAAGAGGAAUAAAAUAGUCUUUAAAGAA